CACCCCCGCCUCUCCCGCUCCCCCGCGCGCUCCCCCGACAGGCCUUCCAAACAGUUAUCUCUUUGGAGAUCAAGGAAUGCGAUAAACGCUGGAAACCAAAGACAACAACAAAGCGAUGAAUGUUUUCGGAGGACUCGAAGGGGGCGCCUCCCUCUCGAAGAUCGUGUUGCUGUCGGCCGAGGGGCACGUGUUGGCGUCUGACGAGUCGGGACCGGCGACCAAUCACUGGAUGAUAGGAGUGGACGAGUGUUUCGCGAGAAUCGCGCGAAUGGUCGCCGACGCGCUCCGAAUGGCCGCUCUUCCGGCAGACACUCGUCUCGCGGCACUCGGACUCUGUCUCUCGGGCUGUGAAGACGAGGCUGCGAACGCGGAGAUGGCGGCGCAGUUCGAGCGACGGUACCCGUCGGUGGCGCGCGCGUGCGUCGUCGCGUCCGACACUUUGGGCUCUUUGUUGACGGCCACGCCCUCCGGAGGCGUCGUCCUGAUCGCCGGAACCGGAAGCAAUUGUCUGCUCUUCAAUCCCGACCAAUCGCACGUCAAGUGCGGCGGUUGGGGUCACGUGUUGGGCGACUGGGGCGCCGCCUUCCAGAUCGCGAACGAAGCCAUCAAAACCGUCAUCGAAGUCGAGGAGAACUUCCGGCGCGAAGAACACGACGUUUCGGGCGUUCGCGACGUCGUCUUCCGCCACUUCUCGGUCCACAAGACGUCCGAACUCUUGACUCCGAUUUACGCGCAUUUCGACAAAACCUCUUUCGCCGCUCUCUGUCGUCCUCUCGCGCUUCGUGAGUCCUUUCCGUCCAUAAACUCCGUCUAUUGCCUUCUCUCGCCCGCAGUGGCCGUCGAAAAGGACGACCCGUUGGCCAAAGCGCUGUUCCGAAGGGCGGCCGUGGAUUUGGCGAAACACGUGAACGCAGUGCUGCCUUCCGCGCACCCCUCGCUGCUCUCCCUUCCGGGCGGACUUCCCGUCGUUUGCGUCGGUUCUGUGUUCAAGAGCUGGCCGUUGCUUAGAGACGGCUUUUUCGCGACUCUCUCGCCGACAAUACGAGAGCUCUCUUUGCGUCGCUUAACGACAAGCAGUUCUUUUGGCGCCGCUUUUCUCGCCUCCAAACUCAACGCGCAAACAAUGCGAAUGCAUUUCGACGCCAACUCCGAGCUUUUGGACCGAUUCUCGCGCCAACAAUACGAGAAGCGCUGAAAGGGUUUUGAAUUUUGAAUAAAAGUAACGGAAUUUGUGAACA